AUGCUUCUUUUUGUUAAAAUUUUUGCGUAUACCUUUUUAAUAUGGACAUUCCAACAUACAAAUGAAUUAUCUACACUUUGUAAAACAUGGGAUAAUACAAAAAAACUUAGCAAUGCAUCAUUCAGCAUAAGAAUAGGUAGACUCUUGAGAAGUGAAACAGACAUAAGAGACGUGAGAAAUUAUGGAUUUGUAAAAAGGGAAUUAAUAAACGUUGUAGAAAAUGGUAAUGAUAAAAGUUUUCAAAAAAAAAGGAAUCCACAAAAACAUCUUAAAAAUAUUGAAAAUUCUUAUAAUUCUUUCAUUUAUGACGAUAGCCUUGAUAAAUCAGAUGACUCAUUAGGUAACAGUUGUAGUAGUAAUAAUUCACUUGACAUAACAGAAUAUGAUAAUAAUCACAUAAUAAAACCUAAUCAAAAUAAGCAAACAUAUCCAGAGUUGUUAAAAUGUCAUAGCAAGCCGAGAAUAAAAAAUACUCCAUUUAAUUUGGUUAAUUUUUUUAAAGAAAUGGAUGCACAAUUUGAGGUAAAAUUGUUACGUUCUUUGAAACAUGAUUCCACAGCUGAAGACUGUUCAAUUAAGCAUAAGAGCAUUUUUAAAAAAUUUUUACAUUACACAAGUAGACAUAAAAUACUUCUCCCACCAGUUGCCUUACUAAUAACUGUAUUUUUACUUAUAGCCUUACAAUAUGGAUCUACAGUUACAUGUCCAGUUAUUUUACUAAGCAUUGCAGUUUCAUCUUACUAUUUUAUUAAGGUUAAAAAAUGCAAUUCAAUUAGUAAAUUUUUUAGAAGUUUUAUGUCUAGUAAUAAAAACAUAAAAUAA